UUGUGUUGAUUUGCUAACCCGAGAGAAGAGAGGAGUUAGUGCGUGUAUGAGAGCGGGUACUGUGAACCGCGUUACUAUGCUGUAGCCCCUAUAACCACACAUACGGAGUCAAAACGUGCAUCUUAGACUGAAUUUAUCUUGUUUGCAAAGAUAACUGAACAAACUGCAGAGGAAGGAAAGUGAUCCUCAUGAGUUGGCCUGGUGGAGCUCAGCGAUAUGGAUUUGACUAAAAUGGGUAUGAUUCAGCUGCAGAACCCCAGCCACCCCACUGCCCUCCUGCAGAAGGCCAACCAGAUGCGCCUGGCUGGGACUCUGUGUGACGUGGUCAUCAUGGUGGACACCCAGGAGUUCCACGCUCACAGGACCGUGCUGGCCUGCACCAGCAAGAUGUUCGAGAUCCUGUUCCACCGUAACAGCCAGCAUUACACCCUGGACUUCCUGUCGCCAAAGACCUUCCAGCAGAUCCUGGAGUACGCCUACACUGCCACCCUCCAGGCCAAGGUGGAGGACCUUGACGACCUGCUCUAUGCUGCCGAGAUCCUGGAGAUCGAGUACCUGGAGGAGCAGUGCCUGAAGAUCCUCGAGACCAUCCAGUCCUCGGACGACAACGACACGGAGCUCAGCAUGAACGACGGAGGGGGGGAGGACGAGGAUGAGCGCAAGGCCCGCAGCGGAGGCAAGAACGCCAAGAAGCAUUCCAUGGAGGGGGGCUACCUCUCUGCGGCCCAGCAGGCCUCGGCCCUGGCCGGCAUGGUGGACCAGAGUCCCUCCGUCUCCACCUCCUUCAGCCUCUCCACCCUCAGCCCCACCAAAGCGGCGGUGGACAGUCUGAUGAGCAUCGGACAGUCUCUCCUCCAGCAGGGCUUCGGAGGAGACCACCUGACGCACGGCAACUCCCACCAGCAGUUCAUGAACGACAUAAAGACGGAGAUGAUGCAGGUGGACGAGGGGGGGAACGGCCACGAGAGCCCUCGCGCCGUGGAGUCCAGCGCCUCCAGCAACGGGGAGAGGAGCGGCGAGUCGGAUCGCAACCGCGACGGGCCGGGGACGCCCACCAGGACCAGCGUGAUCACCAGCGCCCGCGAGCUGCACUACGUCAGGGAAGACGGCACGGCUGAGCUGCAGCCCGACCCGGCUCAGAUGGGCCUGGAAGCCAUGGCCGGCAUGACGGAGAAGCACCUGGCCUCGCUCUACUCCCUGCCUCCCAACCACAAGAACGAGGCCCUGAUGAUGCCCUCCUCCAUGGCCUCCUCCCUGCACAUGUCUCCGGCGCUGGCCAUGUCCAUGGACUUCAGCGCGUACGGAGGGCUGCUGCCCCAGAGUUUCAUCCAGAGAGAGUUCUUCAACAAGCUGGGAGAGUUGGCUGCUGGGAUCAAGCCCGACAGCAGGAACCAGAACGAGCGAUGCAACGUGUGUGGAGCCGAGCUGCCCGACAACGAGGCAGUGGAGCAGCACAGGUGAGGAACAUUCUGGUUUUUAUUUCCUUUGUUGAAUGUUUUGCACAAACGUUCUCUUGGGGUGUUUAUUGCAAGUUGAACAGUGUCAACUUUUCUUCUGUGGGUCACAGCACUUAAAAAGCAAGACAUUUUUACAACUUGCUAAAUUCAUGUGUAGUGUUUGUAGUAUCAGAAUGGAAUAAGCACGUCAGAAGGAUGUGACUUGAUUUGGAUGUUUGCAUAUUGUAUUUUGUGGGAAAUGGUUAUUAGUUGUUCCAAUUGCUAGCCAAUUAGCCAAAUUAUAAUGUGGCUAAUUGAUAAUCCAUUUUAUAAAUAAUCUUGGGUAAUUUUGAGGUUAAGGAUUAAUGCACAAGAGCAUAAUGAGCUUGAACCCUUAUUUUUGUGAACAUCAUGAGGUGUAAGAGUAGGCCUGCUUUGUGUUUAUUGCAGAUGAUGGUAUGGUAUAUUCAAAAGUAGGGAGAUGAUCUGAAAUUGUAUUUCUUGCCGUACUCUAAACUGCAUCCAAUGACACGUUUCAUGUCCUGGUAUGAAACGAUCCGCAGCACAACGUGCUAUUUGGCAACAACAACAACAAAAAACGGAGUGGCUCUCUUGCUAGCAUCAACACACACACACGCUCACACACACGCACACACACACAGACGACCAGUCUCAGUUCAAGGCCGCGGGAUGCCAAACGCACCCAAACCCCCUCCCGAUCGCUAUCAUCUGUGAAUAAGUUUGUUCUCUAUCUGCCGCCUCUGAAACCAAAGCUGUGUUUGGAGGUUGGUGACCGGCAGCCCAGAGGUCACCUCCCCUGAUGACUUCCAGACGUGUUGGGGUGACGGGCUAGCCGCCCAGCCAGGCCGCUGGCAGAGACCAUUAGUUGCACCUGGCCUGGGGAGGGGGGUAAUAGGAAGCAGCACCACCCCAACCCCCAUUUACACCCGAUCUAGCCAACCCCUGACCCCCACGGUGUGGCCAGCGAUGAUGACCUGGCCCCCUCAACCUCCAGCACCCAGGAGGGUGGAGGGGGGGACAAGGAGGGCCCUAUUAGCUUUAUGAGUGAGCCAGACUGUCCUGGACAGGAAAUGAGGCCUGCGUAGCGGGCUUGGGCCCCGACCUCUGAAGCCUGACCUCCGGGACUCCCGACUGGCCCCUGUUUCUCGUCAGGGAGGCUGGUGGAGGGGGGGGGAGGGGGGAGUGACGAGGGGGGAGGCUGGAGGUUUCAGGGUUUGAGGGUCUGAGGUUACGGCAAGUAAACAGACUGUGUCUGCUGCUGUUCAGCCUCUAGCAGGCCACAGCCCGGGCGGCCCUGCUGCCUGCUGUCGUCUGCAGGUUUCAGGCGGUGUAGAAACAAGAUCUGAACAACAACAGAAAAAGGUUUCGAUUGU